AUGUUACUAGGAGAUUUCUCAUUUGCUCGCUCUCUAGCAGUCCAGCAUCGUUGCAGGAAUAUCCUGGCCACCUGCUACGACUCAGAAGAGACGCUAUACAGCAAAUAUCCACAAGCUAAACAGCAUGUCGAGGGUUUUCUUGGCGCGUUCUCCAAGAAGGAAAAACAGAAUGAUCCUGAUGGAUCUGAGACAGAAGAGCAGUCCGAAAAGAAACAAGACCGCAAGCGUCGCGGUCCGAACGUACUCUUCGCAGUUGAUGCGCGAAAACUCGGAUCUUCCGCCGGAGGUGGGAAGGAUGUCCGCACAGGCUUUGCACGCCGCGAGCGCAAACGUCCUGCUUGGCAGGAAAGCAGGCAGAAAACCGAGCCGGCUACCACUACAGGUGGUCCUUGGGAUGUCAUAUGUUUCAACUUCCCACAUGUCGGUGGCCUAUCAACGGACGUGAAUCGACAGGUUCGCUCAAACCAGGAAUUACUUGUCGCCUUUUUCAAGUCCUGCGUGCCACUGUUGUCAGCCCGUCCACAAGUCUUGAACGGCGAUGAUGGAGACGAGGACGAGGACAACUGGAGCUCAAGUGAAGACAGUGAAUCAGACUCGGGCGAGCAGGAUGAUCAGAAUAUCCUUGCCCAUGGAGGGCGAGGUAAAUACAGGACCGACCCGGGACAAAUUCUAGUGACCAUGUUUGAAGGUGAGCCUUACACGCUAUGGAAUAUCAAGGAUCUUGCACGGCAUGCCGGUUUGCGGGUGGUCACAAGUUUUAGAUUUCCGUGGAGCUCUUACCAGGGAUACUCCCACGCUCGAACCCUUGGUGAGAUCGAAGGAAAGCAUGGGGGAAGAGGGGGCUGGAGGGGAGAAGACCGCGAAGCGAGAAUGUAUGUCUUUGAGGUCAAGCAAGAAGACCAAGGUGCCCUGCCUAAGCAUCCGCAGGCUGCUUGGUUGGACACUAAGGGAAAGAAUAGGAAGAGGGCAAGGGACUUGUCCGAUAGUGAAGAUAGUGACUAG